UUCAAAGAUAUUUCAAAGUCAAAAAGAUGAGAACUGGUCCCUGCCGCUUUUGUUUGCUAUAUGUUUAGAUCUAAGACUGUUUGCCAAUAAGGCUGAUCAGCAAGCUGUGAGACAAGGGAAGGGAAAAUAUGGCGAGAGAUUAGAAAAGGCCGCUGAUACUCUCAUGGGAUGUUUCCGAGUUUGCGCCAGUGAUAAUCGGGCAGCUAUUGAAGAUACUAAGAAAUGGGGGAUGUUGAAUCUUGUAAAUCAAUUGUUUAAGAUUUACUUUAAGAUAAACAAACUACAUCUGUGUAAGCCAUUGAUUCGUGCAAUAGACAGUUUACCAAUGAAAGACAAAUUUAGCCUGUCUCACCUUAUAACAUUUAGAUAUUAUGUGGGACAAAAAGCCAUGUUUGAUGGUGAUUUUAAGAAAGCUGAGGAGUAUCUGAGUUUUGCGUUUGAACAUUGCCAUAGAGAAAGUACCAAAAAUAAGAGAUUGAUUCUACAGUUCCUGGUUCCAGUUAAAAUGUUGCUGGGACAGAUGCCAAAAUCUGAGUUACUGAGGAAAUAUGAUCUCUUAGCCUUUUUAGAAGUGUCAGAGGCAGUCGGUUCAGGUAAUAUUCGUCAGCUGAAUGCAGUGAUGGAGAAACACGAACACUACUUCAUCAAGUGUGGAAUUUACCUUAUCCUUGAAAAACUGAAGAUUAUUGCCUACAGAAAUUUGUUCAAAAAAGUAUAUUUGAUCAAGAAAACUCACCAGUUGCCUAUACAGUCAUUUACUCGAGCUUUACAGUGGAUGGAGGUAGAAGAAAUAGACAAUGAUGAAACAGCAUGUAUUGUAGCUAAUCUUAUAUGUGAUAACAAAAUAAAGGGAUACAUUUCCUAUCAGCACCAGAAGUUGGUUGUCAGUAAACAGAAUCCAUUCCCACAGCUGUCAACAGUUAUAUAGAACUACUGCACGUGUCUUGAUACUUACAAUAUGUGUACAUACAGUCAUUGACCAAACUGACUGAUUCUGUAUAUAGUGGCAUGACUUUAUGUUGGAU